UUUUAGCAGCGCAAGCAACAAGAGAGAGUAAAUGGUAGAUGCAGGGCCAGUAAAGCUAGGACGGAGUCGUUCUCAAAAUCCGACUUCAUCCUUUUUUAAACAAGUUAUUUUCAGGGUAAAAUUUACAGGAGCAUAAAGUUCACACUCUAUUCUUUUUAGCGAGUCUAGUAUUUUGAUGGUCACUGAUUCGUAAUUGUAUAAAACGACUGGUGAAAAUCGGGUAGCUUACUGUGAAGGGAAUUAGCAAGAUAGCAAACUGUAUAGGGGAUUCUGUCUGGGAGAGACUGAAGAAUAGACGGACAACAAAGGACACAUUUCGGUUGGCUUCCUGGCUUUUUACCGAACAUAUAUAAUUUAAAUAUCUCAAGCUAGCCUUAUUGCUAGCUUUGUUAUUUAGCUAUUUGUAAUGGAAUUGAGAGUAGGAAACCGAUACAGACUGGGAAGGAAGAUUGGCUCUGGAUCCUUUGGUGACAUUUAUUUGGGCACAGACAUCUCUGUGGGAGAAGAAGUAGCCAUCAAGCUAGAAUGUGUGAAAACAAAGCACCCACAGCUGCACAUCGAGAGCAAGAUCUACAAGAUGAUGCAAGGAGGCGUUGGUAUCCCAACAAUCAAAUGGUGUGGAGCAGAGGGAGAUUACAAUGUGAUGGUGAUGGAGCUGCUGGGACCCAGUCUGGAGGAUCUCUUCAACUUCUGCUCUCGCAAAUUCAGCCUUAAGACUGUUCUUCUGCUGGCUGACCAGAUGAUCAGCCGUAUCGAGUACAUCCACUCAAAGAACUUCAUCCACAGAGACGUCAAGCCUGACAACUUCCUUAUGGGACUGGGGAAAAAGGGCAACCUUGUUUACAUCAUUGACUUUGGCCUGGCCAAGAAGUACAGAGAUGCUCGCACCCACCAGCACAUCCCUUACCGCGAGAACAAAAAUUUGACGGGAACUGCUCGCUACGCUUCCAUCAACACCCACUUGGGAAUAGAGCAAUCCAGACGAGAUGACUUGGAGUCUCUUGGUUAUGUGCUCAUGUACUUCAACUUGGGCUCUUUGCCAUGGCAGGGUCUAAAGGCAGCCACAAAGAGACAGAAGUAUGAGCGCAUCAGUGAGAAGAAAAUGUCCACUCCCAUUGAAGUCCUCUGCAAAGGAUACCCAUCUGAAUUUGCCACGUACCUCAACUUUUGCCGCUCCCUUCGCUUUGAUGACAAGCCCGACUACUCUUACCUGAGACAGCUCUUCAGGAACCUUUUUCACCGACAAGGCUUUUCUUACGAUUACGUUUUUGACUGGAACAUGCUCAAAUUCGGUGCAAACAGAGCAGCAGAAGAUCCAGAGAGGGAGCGAAGAGAUCGGGAGGAAAGAUUGCGGCAUGGGCGGAAUCCUGCUGCCCGUGGCAUGAUGCCUUCUGGCUCAGGUAGACCCAGAGGAACACAAGAAGUAGCACCGCCCACACCCCUCACGCCAACCUCACACACAGGAAUGGAGCGAGAGAGGAAGGUCAGUAUGAGAUUGCACCGCGGUGCCCCUGUCAACAUUUCCUCCUCUGAUCUAACUGGCCGACAGGACACCUCACGCAUGUCUACAACACAGAGUAGCAUUCCCUUUGAUCACCACAGCAAGUAGAUGUUCGCCAUGCUCUGGUGUGAAAGACGGCAUUGGGCUCUUUCUCGUGUCACUCCAAGUGGCCUGCAGUCUGCAGUCCCUCGAUGAGACCCUACAUUCUCCUCAAGAGCAGACCAACCUACGGCCCUGAUCUGCACUAGGAUUCUCCAGCAGUCUCUAACCAUGUGAAAUCAACCUCAGCAAAUCAAUUCUAUUCAGAAAUUAUUUCCAUCCUUCCUCUCAAAAUUAAAUACACUCGAGUGUCACGCAAACUCAUGAAAUGGACAGUUUUUGUGGUUUUGGCAUUCUACACUCAAACAUUUUCGCACAUGCACACAACUUAAUAGACACAAAGGCACAUGAAUUGUGCUUUUUAACAUCACUUUCUGCCAGAAGAUCUGUGGCGAGAUGGGAGGGACGGAACAGACAGAGUGGGGGGCUUGAUACUUUGGCCAUCGCUGCCUUUGCCCCGAUACUCCAGGAGGAGAGGGCCAACCUCCUGCCAUCCAGGGGCCUCUUCACAAACAGAGCGUUUUGGCUGAAGCCAUGUGCAUCUGCUCUGAUACUGCAGCUCACCCUCUCCUGUUGCAAAAAAUUACUUUUACACAACUUGGAAUGCAGCUGUACUGAUAGUCAUUGACAUUUUGCUUACCAUUAACCUUUUUAUUUGGCCUUUUGCUUGUAUACAACAGAUUAAAUUGAUUUCACACUGGCUUCAGUCUUUUGCAGGUGAAUUUUUAUUUUUUAAUAGCAUUAAAAAGCUUACUGAAACUGACAUGCAGAAUUAAAUGGAUUUGAAAGCUUGUUAGAUUAUGUGGCAGGAUGAAGACUAUGUCCUUUUUAUGUCAUUUUCUAGUUUAUUAUGUGGAAGGCCAGACAAAGAAACGUACAGCAAAAUAAAGGUUUGUAAAUGGCACCACAAUACCACCUUCGUACUAAUACACAUUUUAAGAUGAGAUUUUUUAGUUUUCUUUGCACCAAACAAUCUGGCAACCUUUAACUCAACUUGCUCAUUGAUUUUUAUUGCGUUCCCGUAAGCUAUUCAUUUGUUUCUUGAAAGCUGUGAAAUGCCUGUAUUGUAGAGAUGUUGAUGUUAUUAAUGUUGCUGAUUGAUUCUUUUUACCCCCAAACUAAGGUUAGUGGUUUUACAACAAUGCAGGUGCAUAUAUGGUUGGAUUAAGACUGUUGGACAGUGUCCACAUUCACUAAAGUACAUUUAUAGUAGGACAUCUAUAAUGUGAAAAAGGGCUUCAUCUUUCCAAAGGAGGGUAUGAACAUUGUAUUAACACUUGUUCUAACUUGAGAGACUUGAGCAUAAGUUUGGACAGACUUAUUUGUUUAAAUGUGCAUUCGGAUCCAGAAAUGGAUGUCUCGAGCCCAGCUUGUCUCAUUUGAGUGUAUACCAGCCAUCAUUGAAGCCAUGCCUGAUUGAUUUUCUUUUUACUGACACUUUUAGAAAUUGAGAUGCAAGUUUUUCUUUUUCCAACUUUAUUUUCAAAGUACUACUUUUCCCUUGUUUCAGAAGUGUGGUUCUUUGACUUACUGGUGCUACAAGUCACAGAGGAAGUGGAUGGCAACCUGCCUUUCCAUAUCAUUCAGCAUAGUAGAGUGUAGGCUUAUUCUGUAGUCAUGGGGUGGGGGGGACUAGUGGUGAAACUCUUAAAUUCUGUUGUCAUGUGUAUAUAGGAUGUUUCUAGUGAUGGCAAAGUACCAUUUUUCAUAGCCACUGUCUGUGUGUGUGUAUUGUGAGUAUGGGGAAACGGCUAGUGCUUAGAGAGGUGUGAGGGACUUUGUUCCAUUCUAGAUUUGCUAAGUUAGUAUUUUUUCUGUUCACUGGUGGUCUCACAUAAGCGGUUGCUCCAGUACUUGUUUAAUUGUAGGCACAAGUGCACUCUUGUCUGGAUAGACUGAUUAUGGAUUUCUCUAUUUCAUUUUCUGUUUCAUUUUACACAUGACUGCUUGGCCAGUCCUGCUUCACACAAGCAUUACACUGUGCUGUAUCAGGUGGAAUUAUGGAAAUCUUCCUCCCCUGGGGGAUUUUAUUUUCCUCAUUUGUAUUGCCACUGUAUUUGUGUAUUUUAAAAUGUGUAAAUAAAUUAAUAAGUACUUGU